AUGUCUCCUGCAUCGCUACUGGUCUUCAGCGCAUCGCUCCUACUAGGACUUCUCCCUGGAGCGUUAGCCACCACUCAAAACAACCUCACCGUCACUGCAGAACCAACCAAAGUGCAGCCUUAUGUCAUUCCAUAUCUCAACGGCUUCGGCGUUCAGACAUUCGGCUAUGUCGUCAGGUUCCUGGCCACGAAUGUCUCAACAGCAGGAGCGAUAUCCAUGGUGCUGAUCAAUGGGCCCAAAGAGUCGGCAGUGCCAGUCCACUACCACUCACGCUACCAUGAGGUGUUCUUCGUAGCCAAGGGAGCGGUAAACCUGUUUGUCCAGAACGAGACUAGGAGAUUGGGGCCUAUGGACAUUGGAAGCGUACCGCCAGGCUUCAACCACUCGUUCGAGCUUCUCGAGCCGGAUACUGAGAUCGUUGGUGCUGUCACGCCGGGAGGUUUCAGCUUCUAUCAACAAGUCGGCGAACCGUAUGCACCAGCAGUUCUGGCACCGUUUCCAGCCGCCGACGCAUUACCCGACGCAAACCUGUCAAGAGUUCUCGCCGCAACGGGACUUUACUACGACUACAAUCCCACCGACUAUAAGCUGAACUACAACAUGAUCAACGGCACCACCAACGGCAGCCAGCCUUGGCACAACGGCAACAACACCCUUCCAGGAUCCCCCACACCGUACUUCGUCGCUGGCGGCUGGGGACCCAAAUACCUCCAUCCCAAGCUUGGCCGAGUAACACACCUCUACACGACCGGCGCUGAGUCCAACAACGUCAUGACGAUCUCCACAAUCACCAUGCGCGCAGCCCGACAAAACGAAACAUCCUUUUCAUGGCGCAGCGAUGUGGCGUUCCAGCUCUUCCGUGUUCUUGAAGGCCAACUGUACAUCCGAAUGCAGAACCAGACAGCGACGCUGCAGACCGGUGACACUGCGAUGGUGCCGAGGGGUGUGGAGUUUGGAUUUUGGAGUGAGGUUGCUUUGACGAAAGUACAUACUGUUGCUGCUGUUCAGCCUGGUCUGAGCCCGAAUUCGAGUGUGUUUGGGGUGGCUCAUGAUUUUCUUGCUGAUAGCAAGCCUUGGGAUUAUGCUGUCUUUCCCGACUACUACUGA